AUGAGUGCCGGAGAGGACGACGACCUGAAAUUGCAGCGAGCUUCUGCAUCGCUCCUUUCAGAUUUCGAGAGGCUACUGCCACGACUGCUGCGAAAACGACAGCAUGGCGCGACCCUCGGUCCCCUCCGUCAACAUGUCAGAGCAACUGAUAUGCACAAAGCAUGCAGCUUGGUCGAGCCAUUUCAGGAGGAUCCACAGAUCCUAGACACCCAUCUGAAAACCUUCAUUCCUCCCCUAGUUGCUGCCUAUCUGGAAGCGAUAUCAGUGAGCGCCAAAGAAGAGCCAUCACAAGGCUUCAUCACUCUUCCGCAUGCCAUAUGCUCUGUAUUGAAUACCUUUUGUAAGGUUCGAGGCGAGAAGGUCAUCAAAGGAUUCUUCAACAAUGAGCCGCGUUAUCUCGAACCAAUCUUGAGGGAGUUGGAGGCCAGCGAAGAUCCCAGGUCCGAGAACGAUGAUUCCAUACAGCCUUUAGCGGUUCAGCCAUGGAUACAGCGCUAUGUGCUCUUGUUGUGGCUCUCACAGCUACUCUUAGCGCCCUUUCCCUUGGAGUCUAUGUCUGGGCUGCAAGUUUCUGCAGAAGCGCCAGUAGCUGUAGGGCUGAGGCUGCCGGCAGAAUUGCCUGGCGUGACUCUCCGAGUGCUCUCGGUAUGUAUGUCAGGCCUUCGCUCUCCUACAAAGGAGAGGGCUGCCGCUGCAAGUCUUUUAGUGAGAACGUGUGUGCGACCAGACAUGCAAAAGCUAGGUUUACUGGAUGCCAUGGUGCAAUGGUCGCUAUCCUUUUUCACAGAUAUCAACGGCGAGAGAACCGAUAUACACCAGUGUCUUGGUGUACUGUCGUUCUUAUCCGGUCUUCUAGCAUCCGCUACAAACGAGGAACUAGGCCCUUUCCUCGCUGCCAUCUAUCUGUCAUGCAGGAAGAUCCUGGACCAAGAGAGUCUUGCAUUUGUUAGAUCGUCAGCUGUUGCGCGCAAACUAGUCGUGAAGAGUUUGCGUAACACCGUGCUACAUUGCCUCCAAGCAACGUCAGUCCUUCCUGGUCUUGACUCAACAGUGGUAUUGGAAGAGGUCAUCGAAUACCUUCUCGAAGCACUUGCAGAUGGCGAUACACCGGUCAGAUAUGGUGCCAGCAAAGCGCUUAGUAUCAUCACCCUUAAAUUGGAUGCAGACAUGGCCAGCGAAGUGGUUGAAGCGAUACUUUCCUCUCUCACAGAGAAUAUCUACUGGCAGGGCUCCAGACGGAAUCUGAAUGGUGUCAACCCACUUCGAUGGCACGGGUUAACCUUAACGCUAUCGCAAUUACUCUAUCGCAAAGCGAUCUCUACCGGCCAUUUGUCGGAAGUACUCAACGCCCUUCUGCUGUCCCUCGGAUUCGAGCAGCGCUCACCAACUGGAGGAUCUAUUGGUACCAAUGUACGUGAUGCAGCUUGCUUCGGUAUCUGGGCACUCUCUCGCCGCUACCCUACAACCGACCUCCUGGCAGUGGAGACCGCUUCAAUCAAAGCAUCUGAGCACCUCAAGUCGUUACACGUCCCUCAAGUGUUGGCCAUUGAGUUGGUUGUGGCUGCAUGUCUUGACCCAGCAGGUAAUAUCAGAAGAGGAUCAUCAGCUGCGCUUCAGGAACUCAUCGGUCGCCACCCCAACACGAUAGAAGAGGGCAUACCGCUCGUACAGAUCGUUGACUUCCAUGCUGUCGGGCUCCGUCAACGAGCAAUGUCUGAUGUGGCUAUCAAGGCGGGAGGGUUGUAUUCACUGUACUGGGAUGCUCUCUUCAGCGGUCUGCUAGAUUGGAGGGGAACUGGGUCGUUGGACUCUGACUCACGCCUCUUUGCAGCAGACGCUAUAGGCUCUCUAUCCAAGGCUCGGCCUCCUGUGGUGGUACAAGAAAUGUCGAUUCAAGUCCGCAAAAAGCUCGCGGCAUUGCGGCCUCGCGAGGUUGAAGAGCGCCAAGGAUUGGUGACUGCACUUGCGGCUCUCAUUGACACUGCAGGAUUGUCUCACGCCAAGAGAGCACAUGAGAACUCACAUGCGCCCUUGAUGGAGCUCUGGACAUUGUUCGCCAGCGAAUUAAAGCUCGAAGACAAAGCGUUCACAUCACCAGCGCUACGGCCUCAGUUCACAGCAUCAUCAGUAUGCACAUUCAUUGGAGCGAUUGCAAGAUUUACCCUUGGGUAUCCCAGUGAGCUCUGGCCUUCUAGCUUGCCAGCAAAUCACGUUUGUGACCUAUUGAAUCUUUGUCUGGCUCGUCAUGAGGAGCCAGUCUUGAAUGCUAUCGCUGCUGCUAUUCCAGCAAUAGUUUCAUUACUAAUUGGGACACCUGGGUUUAAAACGGUCGAAGUAGUAGUAUCGUGGCUAGAUCGAUUGGAAAAUGAGGCAUCUUACAAUGGGCUGCGAUGUUCUGGACAUGCUAUCGCCCUCGGGGCUACACAUGGUAGUUUGAUCAGUUUAGCAGCCCAUGCCGAAAAGCAACUCCUUCAACGACGAAUAGUGAAGGUACUCACGUUUAGAUGCACUCCAGCUGUAGCAAUCGAGGCUCGAACAGUGGCAUUGCGAGCCUUGGGUUGCUUGCUUAGCAGUCAGACUUCGCGACCAGCUCAGCUUGCUUCAGAUGUACAAGAUCAGAUUGCAAGCGCCUUGCAUAUUGCAUUGAAUGACUAUACCAUCACCGAGCGGGGAGAUGUCGGGUCACUUGUUCGACUUGAGGCCUUGAAAACUGGCCAGUUGGCUUGGACAUGUGAUUUACUCACCGGAAGACGCAACGAGCGCGAGUACGACAUCUUUGCCGACAUAACUCGGUUAUCUCUGGAGAAGCUGGACAAAAUGCGCAUGAUCGCCUAUCAAGUUCUCCAGCAAAGGGAAAAUAACAAUGAGGUCAUACACAAUGUCUCUUCCGAGGCUUACUUCCUGAGCGCACUAGGUGUAUUAGCGGUAGACCCCUCGAUCAGGGACGCCAUCUGUGUUGGAUUUGUGAGUUCUGCGGGCAUGGGCUCUGAGUCUGUUGUGCAGAAUUCGCGGGCAGCUUUGCUGGAUUUUGUCGCCAUACUUCCAAACGAAGACUUAUCGGACGAUCCGCGGUUCACCUUGGUCGACUUUGCAAACUGCUUUCUGACGCUCCUCAAGGAAAACAUCACCAAUGAUAGGGUUUUGCUUCCACUACUAGAGGUGAUAUCCUUCUUGUUCGACAUGCAGGUUAUGCAGCGUCUGCAGUCGACGCCUUUCAACUUCCGAGUUCUCCUUUCCUAUACUCAAAAGGCCCACUUCAAGUCUACGCACAUGCAAAAGCUUCAUCUCGCAUUGGACGUGUAUCGUGGCUUGGGAGACAUAGCACUGACAAGGACCGAUACUCUCUCCAAGGUCGUGAGCAUGCUUUUACAUCCGUUCCCAAAGGUACGAAUUGCAGCCGCCGAGACUCUCUGGUACUUGACACAUGAGGGAGGGUUGAAGCGCCAUGAUUGGAGUCUACCGUCAAAGAGCUUAAAGCCUGCCGUAGAAGAGAUCAAGACAAUCUUGACUACAGUUCAGGUCUAA